AUGGAGAAAUGGAAUCAAACUUCAACUGAUUUCAUUUUGUUGGGACUUCUUCCCCCAAAUCUAACUGGUCUGCUGCUCUUGCUCCUUAUCAUCCUUGUAUUCCUUCUGGCCUUGGUGGGUAACUCAGCCAUGAUUCACCUCAUCCGUGUGGAUCCCCAUCUUCAAACACCCAUGUACUCUCUCCUCAGCCAGCUCUCCCUCAUGGAUCUGAUGUACAUCUCUACCACUGUCCCCAAGAUGGCACUCAACUUCUUCUCUGGCCAGAAAGGCAUCUCAUUCCUAGGGUGUGGUAUGCAAAGUUUCUUCUUUUUGACAAUGGCCUGUUCUGAAGGCUUACUCUUAGCCUCCAUGGCCUAUGACCAUUAUGUGGCCAUCUGUCGCCCCCUCCAUUAUCCCACCUGUAUGAGUAGAAGGAUGUGUGUCCAGAUGAUCAUAGGAUCUUGGAUCUUGGGUUCUGUCAACUCCUUGGCACACACAGUUUACGCUCUUCAUAUUCCUUACUGCUGGUCCAGGGCCAUUGAUCAUGUCUUUUGUGAUGUCCCAGCCAUGUUGCCUCUUGCAUGUAUGGACAGCUGGGUCUAUGAGUACAUGGUUUUUGUGAGCACUAGCCUCUUUCUCCUCCUUCCUUUCCUUGGCAUCACUGCUUCCUAUGGCAGAGUCCUUCUGGCUGUCUACCAUAUGCGCUCCAGAGAAGGAAGGAAAAAGGCCUUCACCACCUGUUCAACACAUUUAACUGUAGUUACCUUUUACUAUGCACCAUUUGUCUACACCUAUCUUCGGCCCAGGAAUCUCCACUUACCAGCAGAAGACAAGAAUUUGGCCGUUUUUUACACUAUCCUCACUCCCAUGCUCAAUCCUAUUAUCUACAGCCUGAGGAACAAGGAAGUCCUGGGGGCAAUGACAAGGGUGUUUGGAAUAUUCUCUUCCAAGAAAGAAUAGCCAUGGUUCUCCUUACUCUUUUUUCUUUAUUUCCUUUUUGGUGUUGAUUAGAGCAUCCGAGAGAAGUGGUGUUCAAUAGAAAUAUAAUAGAAGCCACACACGUAAUUUUAAAUUUUCUAGUAGACACAUUCAAAAUUUAAAUAAAACUGAAAUUAUUUAAAAUAGUAUAUUUACAUAACCCAAAACAUUAGUAACAUUAUUUUUAAAAAAAAACCAUUGCCAUUGAGUCAAUUCUGACUCAUAUGUAUCCUACAGAACAGAGUAGAACUGCUUCGUAGUGUUUCCAAGGAGCAGCUGGUGGAUUUGAACUUCCAAUCUUUUGGU